AAACCACACCUUAAAAGAAAAUGGCGAAAAGAGGUGCAGAAGAUAAAAAAGAGUUGGAUAGUUCAACAAAGCGAUCCCGUGGAUAUUCUAGUGAUUUUGAUGUAAUAUUAGAUGUUUCUGAAGAUGUGUCUUGUGAUGGAGAUUAUGACAAACACAAGAAACCAGAGGAAUUCUCUAGAAAAUCAUUCCCUUCCUUCAAGAGGAGAAAAGGGACUCUGCCAUCAAAUCUAAGAAUACGAAGAGAAGAAGAUGAAGUAAUAGAAGAUGAUGGUGAGACUGGAUCCUCAUCAAGCUCUAUACCUCCUGAUCCACUUGUUCAUGGACCAGCUAUCGCUAGACCUGUUGGUCCCACUACUAUUAAAGUUGGAGAAAUGAAUUUUGGACAACUGUCUUUACCAAAACCAUCAUGGAUAAGUUCAAGGACAGCAAGGACUAGGAGUAAUGGGAGGAAAGUCAAUAUCAGUCACCUAAAGGCUCCUCACAUCAAUAGAUUCAAAAAAGCCAAUAUAGGCGGGGAGGAGCUAAUGAAGAAUACAAUCAAUGAAGCUAAUAAGAAGAAGGAAGUGAGAAGACAGCAGAUAUGUCACCUCUCUGAUGAUGAUGAUGAUGAUGAUUUUGAGCCGGAUAAGACAUAUACACCUAGUACUAAGAAAAAGAGAGUGGCAAAAGGUAGCAGCAAUAAAGGUAGCCAGUUGAAGAAGAAGAGUGGUUCUAGUCCAAGGCUAUCCUUUUACGGAGGAAACAGUAAAGGAUCUGAAUCCCAAGUCAAACCAGGAUCUUCCCUUGAUAACCCUGUAUGUCUGGAUGAGGAAGAGUGUGUUCAGAUUGUAAAUCAGACACCAUCUCAAUCUACUCGUUAUUCGCUCCGUUCUGCGGCAUCAUCUGCUCCUACUCUCUCCACUGGCUAUGACUGGGACUGUGUUGAUAUACAUGCAUUUGUGUCUCAAAUUUUGAUUGGAUCCUUGUCUACACUUCCUAUACAAGUGGAGCUCGAGCCUGAAAUGAUGACCAUUAUAGUUGAGUAUCGAACAUUCUCUGCUAAUAUUUACCUGAAGUACUCUGAAAUGCAGUCCAUCUGUUAUUGCUUCUCGUCCCCCCCAAUGGCCAUUGUUAUACAUCUCCCUAGCACCAUAUAUAAGAGAGAAGUUGUCAAGUUGGAGUCGAAACUGAAUGCCUACAAAUUCUGGAAUAUUGAUGAUUUAUACAUUGUUAUUAAAUUGAAGUCCAAGCCCGACAAGAUCACCAUUGAUAAUUUUGAGAGGGUUUUUGAUGGUCUGGAUAAACUGAAGAAGAUUAAACCAUCAGACGUUGAAGAACUUUUGCAAAAGAUAGCUCGAAAUCACCCAGUAACAGGCGACACCCUUGAUAUCAACGAUGUCAUGAUUGACGAUAAACCUUUGAGAAGACGGUCUCUAAGACUCACAGACACUUCUACAUGUACGCCAUCAUCAUCCAUUUUAUCUCCUCUCUAUCCUGUACCUCGUCUCUCAAUACCCAAUGACGCUGUUGUUUUAACUUAUAAGCCAAAGCAAAGUAACACUGUUCUCUCAAUCACUGGACUUGAUAUGCAGUGUCUCCAGAUUGGGGAAUACCUCAAUGAUAAAAUCAUUAACUUUUAUUUAAUGUAUUUAUGGGACACUUUAGAAGAGAAAGCUAAUCAAGUUCAUAUAUUUAACUCAUUCUUUUUCAGUCGUUUGACUGAUGGAACCAAAGACCCUUCAAAGUCUUCAAAGACCCCCGAACGCAUUCACUUCAGAGUCAAGUCCUGGACUAAGCACAUUAAUAUAUUUGAGAAGAAGUUCAUUGUGGUACCGGUCUGCUACAGGUCACAUUGGUUUUUAGCUAUUAUAGUCUCACCUGAUUCGUUUAUGAAGGAAGAGGACACUGAGUUGGAGCCUUCCAUUGUUGUCCUAGACUCUAUGCUUGUAAGGCGAAGGGGUGUAGUUUCUAGUUUAAGAUGUUAUCUUGCUCAAGAGUAUUUGGGUAAAUAUGGAGAAGAGAGAGACUUUAGCAAGUUACCAGUAUCAUACCCACCAGCUCCUGGCCAAACGAAUACAUACGACUGUGGUGUGUAUCUAUUGACUUAUACUGAGAGCUUGUUUGAGUGCAUAAAGUCAAACAAGUCAUUGCCAGAGGGAGAUGAAUGGGCACUGGAUGAGAAGAUAUUACGAAAAAGACUAGCAAUCCAAGAGCUAAUACAAUCACUGGCUAGAACUAAUGAUCAUCACUCAACAGAGCCACAAAAUGAAUCAGCAGACUCACCAGUAAUGACAGAACUACCAGUAAUACCUGAAUCACCAGUAAAACCUGAAUCACCAGUAAAACCUGAUUCACCAGUAAUAUCUGAACCACCAGUAAUAUCUGAAUCACGAGUAAUACCUGAUUCACCAAUAGCACCUGAAUCACUAGUAGUACCUGAAUCACCAGUAGUACCUAAAUCACCAACUACUACUCAGCGUACAGAAACUGAUGUACAUGACACUGAUCCUAAAGACUUUCUCUCUUUAAUUCACUCGGAAAACCUUCCACCGGAUGAGACUAUUGAGGAUGAGAACAUAGAGGUUACUUCAGAUCAAUCACAGCCUGUUCUCAUCAUUGAUGCUGAUGAUAUUUUAAGCUAGCACUGUAUAACUCUCAAGUCAUUCAAAGCAAUAUAUAUGUAUGUAUAUAUAUAUCAGUGUUAUUUGUAUGAUUAUUAUUAUUAUUAUAUUGAGGGGGGGGGGGAGAAUAUCAUAAUACUUACAUGGAACCUAUCACUAAAUUGAAAUUGAUAAAUAAAAAAUAACAAUCAUUACAAAACAACAAUAUACGGCAAUGAUAAUUUUAUAUAUAUAUAUAUAUAGACUCCAUAAAUACAAACAAAAAAAAAACAAAAAUAACAAUAUUAAAUAGGAAUGGCUUAUGCAGUGG